AUUAUUGUUUAUUAGGUAUAGCUGGAUAUAUACCUUGUUUGCAGGUCUCAGUUUACGAGGCAUGGAUGACGCAUAAGGUAAAUAUUUAUUAUUUUAAAAUAUAGCAUGAUUCAUUCAUAGCACCGCACUGACGAGGAAGAUUGGAAUAUACGUUGCAUAUAGCAAAUACCAUUUUUUUACUAAAUGCAAGUAGAUAAAAACUCGUUUAAUUGGAAUUCUCAUACGACAACUUCCAUAAGUUCUUUGACGUCCCUAAACGUUAGAUUAAAGGGCAGUUGCCAAGCUCUAAAUUAGAAUUACGGCAAAAAAUAGCGACAGCUGCGUCCAUUUGUUGGUAAUUUAUCGCGGUUUAUACAUCGGAAACAACAUGUGCCAUGUAGCAGGCUAGCAACCUGCUGUACGGCGAAUUAUAAAUAGACAUCCUCCCUUAUUAAGGUAAAUGUCAUUGUACACACGAGCACAACAUUAAAGACGACAGGAAAAGGAAACAUAGUUACACAUUUCCUCCGAGCGUCCGUCGCAAAAUUGCACUCGUUAAAAUCAGCAAUACUCUGAUAAAAAUCUAUUUACACUCUGGUGUAGGAUACCAAAGACAAAAGGUCAACGCUAUCGUCUACAGUUGGCUAAAUUAUAAACAAGCUCAAAUCUCAAGGACCGAAUCAAAUACCCAAAGAAUGAAAAACGAAAACAAGUGGGUAGGGUUUUAAUGAAUGGUAUAAACAAACAACCUCCAAUUUCUCAUGCGGAAUCAGAUAUCAGGCGAGAGAUAAACCUCUCAGAGAGCUCCGCAUGAUAAGCUUCUCUUGUAGCAUUACCUACCGCACACAUAAUGAAUGAGAGCUAACAAUGACUAAUUGUAAAAGAAAGAAAUAACUCUGUUUGAUCAUAAUUUAUAAAUGGUUUAACAAACGCAAAUUAUGCGCCAGCUGUGCCAAGAUAGUGGUGUCUUGUUUCGAUAACAGUGCGGCCUAGUUACCUUAUCAAACAAACAAACACUGUUCGUUAGUCAAUAUAAUGAUUCACCGAUGAAUUUCGAAAGUCAAAUCAUAGCUGUUAUAUUUUUUUAUGUAUGUUGAUUCAUUUACCUAGAAUCGUGUAAUUAAGUGGAAUUUCUUAUGACUUUAUUCCUCGUAAUCGCUACGGUUUACGCUAAAUUAAUAAUGACGAAUACGCAUUACGUAAUCUGUUUUUAAUCAUUAUAAUAGCGUGAACGUUAUCUGUCUAACGUAUUAUGAAUAUCCCGAUAAUUAUGAAUCGUUAUUAUCUAUCAAAGGUGAUUUGUUAAAGAUCAAUGCUAAUAAGACCACCCAUUGAAAACCCGAUGGAAAACUUACGGAACAAUAAAGGAAUAUCAUAACUAUUAUAAAAUAAUAGUUGUCUUAGAUAUAUCGCACACUUAUUCCAAAACUGUCACUAUCCAAAAUUUCGUAAUAUCGAGAUAAUAACGCCAUCAGUUGAUCAAUUUCUAACUAAAAAGAGCCGCAUUGACACUUUCUUAAAAAUGCCAAAAACUACUGCUAGAUGGCAGUAGUCUCUUUUGCCACUAAACAAAAUUCCCCACCCCGCGCAGUGCUAGACUGACGCUUAACACGAAAACACGUGUCGCCCGUACCAGAAUAGACCGUUGUUGAGCGACAAACCGACACUUUGGUCAUUAAGUCAGUUUUUCGGUGCCAUCAUUGGUUUUUUUUUAAAAUGCAUCGAAGAGACAAAUUGUUGAAACUCGCUCUGGAUCUUCAGGCAGAAAAUAGCGCAGAACCAUCGACCUCGCAGAAAUCUCGCAGGGUAAGCUGCUCAUCUUCUCAGAGUUCAUCUUCCUCGAGCAGUUCUUCGUCUUCAAGUAGCGCUGCUUCUACAAUUGGCUCCUAUGUUUCGGGGUCAAUAAAAUCUUCAGAUAACAUUUACCGUCCCAUCGCCAAUUCACUAUUACAAAGAAAAGUAUUUGAAUCUUUGCCAAGCACAUCUAAUCUACAAAAACAUGUAACUAAUCAAACUGAAUUACCAAGACAAAGAUCAUUAAGCACCGGUUCUAGGUCUUCUACCCUUUCUUCAAGAGCAGGUGAUUUUUCACCUGACGAUAAUGAUUCUGAUUAUAACCCUGUCCCUGAUAGAAUUAUCGAUGAAAGCUCUGACAACGAGCAAGAAAAUUUAAUAAUAUUACCACCAAAGAAAAAACGGAAGGGUAUUAUAAAUUCUAAAAAGCUAAUAGCUAAACAAUUACGUAAUUCAGGCAAAGAAUACGUUUCUUUAUCAAAAUCAAAAAAAAAUGUGCCCCAGAGAAGCAUGGGACCGCCUUGUUCAGAACGAUGUCGUUUGAAAUGUUUCGAUAAAAUUAAUGAUGGUGACAGAACGAUUAUUUUUGGUUUAUAUUGGGCAAUGGGUUGUGUUACUCGACAACGGGAUUUUAUCAGUAAGAACUUGACUGUUAUUAAACCAAAGUAUAGUUACAAAAAAGAAAAUAGCAAUCGUAAACCAAAGCAUGGUUUCCACCUAACAGUAAAUGGUAAACAAAUACGGGUGUGCAAAAUAUUCUUCAAAAACACUCUGGGGAUUAAUGAUAGACCUAUCAGAACUGUCUUAGAGAAGUUGUGUGAUAGCGGAAUGGUAGAAUCUGACAAAAGAGGCAAACACGGAAAUCAAGUAAAAGUUGUUGAUGAAGUGAUACAGGGUAUAAAAAGUCAUAUUGACUCCAUUCCUCGUAUAGAAAGCCACUACUUAAGAAAACAGACUAGUAGAGAGUACAUCGACGGAGGUAAAAGUUUAUCUGAUUUGUAUAGAGAUUAUAGAAAACUCUGUGAAGAAGAAGGAAAGCCAGCUGGCGAAAUACACACUUAUCGUAAGAUAUUUCACAAAGAUUACAAUAUCAGCUUUUUUAUUCCAAAAAAAGACAUGUGCGAGUUUUGUACAUCUUACGAAAAUAUGAGUCAAAUAGAAAAAGAAACUAACGAGUUGAAGUAUCUAGAACAUCACACAGAAAAAGAACUAAGUCGAAUUGAGAAAAAUGAAGACAAACAAAAGGGGCAAAAAAGUUACGUGGUUGCAUGUUAUGAUUUACAGGCGGUUUUACCGCUUCCUAUGGGUAAGACCUCAAGUUUCUACUACAAAUCAAAGUUAAAUGUAUGUAACUUUACGAUUUGUGAACUUAACAAAGACAACAGUUAUUGUUAUGUUUGGAGUGAAGUAGAUGCUUUGAGAGGAGCCAAUGAAAUUGGCUCAUGCGUCUUAAAGUUUAUUACAGAAAAAUGUCAAACAGUCGAUGACCCGAAUUUGGAAAUUAUAUUUUAUUCUGACAAUUGUUGUGGUCAACAGAAAAAUCAAUUUAUGUUUAGCUUGUACAUGUAUGCUUUAGCUAAUUUGUCAAUUAAGAGCAUUACCCAUAAAUUUUUAAUAUCGGGCCACACUCAAAAUGAAAAUGAUAACGUUCAUUCUGUAAUAGAAAAAUCUGUUAAAAAAUUUCUUAAAUCAUCUCCAAUUUUCGUUCCUGACCAGUACAUUACUUUAAUACAGACGGCUAGAAAACGAGGUAAUGCAUACAAUGUCAACGCUAUGUCAUAUUCCGAUUUUUAUAAUUUAAAAGAUUUUGUUCAGCAAUGUGGCAUUAAGUUUAAUAAAAAUACUGAUGGAGAUGCAGUUAGACUAUCUGAAAUUAAAAUAAUAAAAUUUGUCAAAGAAGAUAACGGAGCAAUAAAAAUAUUUUAUAAGACUUCGUUUACAGAAGAUCAUUUUUAUGAGAUUGAACAAUGUAGACAAACACGGUCUAGGCGCACAAUUAACUGUGUCGGGUUUCCUUUGAAACAACUGAAUAAUGCAAAACUGGAACUAACUUCCAGAAAAAAGAAUGACUUAAGAUCAUUAAUUGACAGUAAUUUAAUACCACGCUAUUAUGCUGAAUCGUUUUACCGAAAUAUUUUGUGAUUAUUUUUUCUUUUUUAUAUUAACUUACAGUAAGACAUCCUGUUUUAUUAUGCAAAAGCGAGAGAUGCAAGUCUGAUUAUGUGAAUUAAGAUUAGCCGAGAGAGGCAAGUGUGAUUAUGUGAAUUAAGAUUAGCCGCGAGAUGCAAGCAUGAUAAAUAUUUUUUGUAAGACAUUUUAUGUGAUAUAAGAGUAUCAGUAGCGCGAAGCUUAAGUAUUGUUUUCUUCCCCUUCUGAAAUCAAAGACUGAUUAAAAUGUAGAACAGAAGUUACCUCAUAGAGAGUUUAGACUGAUUGUUUAAUAACAGAUACCUAAUUAUUAUUUAGAUGUUUCCUUUUGAGAUUAUUUUUGUUUCUUAAAUAAAAGAAUGUUAUUAAAA